AUGGCGCGGUCAAGAUCCAGACACAACCAGGCAUCAGCAUCAUGGCUGACGCGGUUGUUACCCUGGGCUCUGACCGCUGUACUUGCCCUAUCCGUUCCAGCCGCCGCAGAGAAGACUGCGGCCGACUACUAUGUGACAUCGUUACCCGGCCAGCCUGAUGGGCCGUUGUUGAAGAUGCACGCCGGGCAUAUUGAGAUUACCCCAGAACACAACGGUCACCUCUUCUUCUGGCACUAUCAGAACCGCCAUAUUGCCGACCGAUCGAGAACUGUAAUCUGGUUGAAUGGCGGCCCAGGAUGCAGCUCAAUGGACGGAGCUCUGAUGGAACUCGGCCCAUACCGAGUAAGAGAUGGUGGAAAGUUGGCAUAUAAUGAAGGCUCCUGGGAUGAGUUUGCCAACCUGUUAUUCGUCGACAACCCAGUUGGCACAGGCUUCAGUUAUGUCAACGGUGACAGUUACUUGCGCGAACUGCAAGAGAUGGCAGAUCAAUUCACGAUAUUCCUCGAGAAAUGGUUCGCCCUAUUCCCUCAGUAUGAGAACGAUGACAUCUAUUUCGCAGGCGAAUCAUACGCCGGGCAACACAUCCCAUAUAUCGCCAAAACCCUGCUGGAUCGCAAUACAAAAGCACAGGCUGAAGGAAAGCGGACGUGGAACGUCAAGGGUCUAUUGAUCGGCAAUGGAUGGAUUUCCCCAUCCGAGCAAUACCAGUCCUAUCUGCCAUUUGCGUACGAAGAGGGUCUGCUCCAAGGCGGCAGCCCUGAAGCUCAAAGAGUCGAGGCCGCGCAGGCCAAAUGUCUUGCCGAAUUGGCCAAGCCCGGAGUUGCCGAUAAAGUCGAUGUCAACGUGUGUGAAAGCGUCUUGUCCCACAUCCUUGAUGCGACCAAAGCCGACGGUAAAUGUUAUAACAUGUAUGAUGUACGAUUGAAGGACAACUGGCCAUCUUGCGGAAUGGCUUGGCCUCCUGAUCUGGAUACAGUCACUCCAUAUCUCCGACAAGAAGAUGUGAUCAAUGCUCUUCAUAUCAAUAAAGACAAACGAACAGGAUGGACUGAAUGCUCCGGCGCUGUUUCUUCCUCCUUCAGAGCUAGUCACUCAACACCAAGUAUCCACUUCCUUCCCGAAAUCAUCGAGGCUGGGGUACCUAUUCUUCUCUUCAGUGGUGCAAAGGAUCUGAUCUGUAAUCAUAAAGGAACCGAGGACAUGAUCGGUAAUAUGAAAUGGUUGGGCGGCACAGGCUUUGAGAUCUCACCAGGAGUCUGGGCCCCGAAGCAAGACUGGGAAUUUGAAGGAGAAUCGGCCGGUUUCUACCAAGAAGCAAGAAACCUCACCUAUGUUUUGUUUUACAAUGCAAGUCACAUGGUGCCUUUUGAUUGGCCACGACGGAGCCGGGACAUGCUCGAUCGAUUUAUGGGUGUCGACAUUGCCAGUAUUGGUGGUCAACCCGCUGAUAGUCGCCUUGAUGGAGAGAAAGCAGGCAGCGAGACCAGUGUUGGAGGCCAUCCGAACAGUACUGCCGCGGUCGAAGAACAGACCCAAAAGCUGAAGGAUGCAGAGUACAAAGCCUACUACCAUAGUGGCGAGGCUGCUUUGGUAGUGGUUCUCAUCGGAGCGGGACUAUUCGGCUGGUGGGUAUGGCGAGGCAGGAGAAAGUCACGUGGGCUCGGAUAUAUCAGCGUACCUCUGGUCAAUGGGAACUCGGCCAAAGGCCGGGACGUGGAAGCUGGAGACUUUGAUGAGAGUGAACUGGACAAUCUGAGUUCAAACCGGCGACAUCAUGAUAUGGAGUCCAAUCGGUACGAUCUGGCCAGUGACAGUGAGGAAGACGAUGGGGACACCAGAGGCAAAGGAAAGCAAUGA